UCCCUUUUUGUUUUUGAUGGCUUUGACGUGGAUAUUUUGUUUUAUAAACAAAUAGAUGUAGACUUAAAGUGUAGAGUCUAACAGUGGGGUUGUUAUAAAAUGAUUUAUGCACGUUUUAUAACUUAAUUUUACUUCAGAAUAAAGGAGCUAUGGCUGGGUAUGUUCGAGGUCUACCUAAUCCCAUAAACGAUAAAAGACAAAUGAGCUCCUGCUCCUAUGUUUCUUUGGAUCAAAACAAGAAGUCCAGGAAUAAAAAUGUCAAAAGUCAAGAUGGUCUGGGUCAGGGAUACAAGAAUGGUACCAAGUUAAAAAAUAUUAAAGCAGCAAGAGUUUAUGUUUUUGGGGACUCAAACAUUAAUGAUGAUGAUGAUGAAAAUGUUGAAUUUGAAAUGAGGUCACGUCAUAAAAAGGGAUUAAACAUUGUUGCAGAUAAAGAAAGAGCACCAGAGUAUUUUGAAAAAGAAAUUUCUGAAGGAGAAACAUUACAAGCUAUUGCCUUAAAAUAUGCAUGUCAGGUUUCAGAAAUAAAAAGAAUUAACAACUUAAUACAAGAUCAGGAGUUCUAUGGUCUUAAAGUCAUCAAGGUACCAAUGACGCAAUAUGGCAUCCUCUCUGAGCAGUUUGGUAAUAGAAGCCAAAUUGUAAGGCAAGAUAGACAUUCCACGAGCCAUGUAGAGAGUUCCUCUGAUUAUGAUGACAUGUAUGGCAGGCAGUAUGAGGAAUCAGAUUCUCAACAUGAUUUCAGUGAUCCUGAUACACAGAUACACAUUUUAAGGACAUUAAGUAUCAGAGAUAACUUUGCAGCUCAUGACAAGGAAGCUCAGAAAUUCUUACAGAAAAUGGAUGAGGAUUUAAAAAAGUUUAAACAAAACUCAAGACAACAUAAAGAAUCUUUAACAGAGGUUAUUUCAGUACUCACAAAUAAAAGUAUUCAUCCUUUGGCAUCUAGUUUGCCCUCUAAAAGACACAAUGGAGCUGAUUGUGGUAUAUCCUGGUGGUCAGUACUUAUAGCUUUAAUAGUAAUAGCAAUAUUAGUUCCUUUGUUGGCUCUUAUCUAUUACUUUUAUUUCCAUGAAUCCAAACAUUCAGGCUAAAGAUAUAUUCUAAAAUUAUAUACAAUGUUCAUAAAUGAUGCAAUUAUUGAAUUCAGCUUGCUAUUUUGUAGACUGGACAAUUUUUUUUUAGAUAACAUGUCCUGAGAAAUUGAUUUCUCUCUUAAAACUCAACAUUUUCCAAAGCCAUCCUAUGGAAUCAUUCUCUGAAAACUUCACCACAACUUCUUGAAAUCAAAAACACUACACACUCUUUGACUCCAGCUCUUCAGGGUUAAAAAUCGCAGCAAUACUAAAGCUUUGCAUCUCAAACUCUGCUAGCUGCUCCAGAGUUACGGAGACUCUUUCAGGUUAAAAAAAAUUAAAUUAAUUUCUGAUUAUUGUAGAGACCACCUACUUAAAAUCCCAUGAAUCUAUACCUGUGUCUGUAUUAAUGAGGAUCAUUGAUGGUGUAUUUUAAAGAUUCUUAUAAAAUAAAUUCUUUGGUAUAUGAAAUUUAACCUAUAUAAAGAAUCUCUACUGGUAAUAUAAGUUGAAGAUAUUCGUUUGUAUAUAAUAUAUCUAUUUAAAAUGCUACUGCUUUCAUGUGAAUCUACUGGCAACAUAGGUUGAAACAAGUAUGGUACUAUUGUCUUUAUUGAGAUAUUUAUCUGUAUAUAUAUAUAUAUAUAUAUAUAUAUAUAUAUAUCAGGGUUAGUAGCACUUUUCCAUGACAAAAUUUUAGGAGAUUUUAGGAGGUUUUUUAAGGAUGAAAUGUAUGAUGUGUGUGUGUGUGUUUCCUAUCCGUUUGUGUGAUACACAGUAAAACCUACACAAAACUAAGCAUUUAUCAAAUCAAUUAUUGUUAUUUGAUUUUAAAAUAAAUAUCUUGCCAAUAUGCCACAGAAACAAUGUUAUCAGCUGUGGUAUGUCCACAGAAAAUGUAAUGAAAGUUAUCUUUUAAUCAAGUAACAACUUGACUGUCAUCCCAAAACCUCAAACAACCAUUUUUUUUUUCAAAGAUGUAUUUAAAAACAUUACAAAUGUUUGCUUUUCCAUUUUUUAAAAUAAGAAACAUUCUUAGAGAUGCUAUCAUAAUGUGUAUUCUCUGUAAUGGAAAUGUACAUUAUUAGUUCCUAUGUGUAUCUUAUAGAUACUAGAGUCAUGGUGUGCAUUUGAGGUAAUGUUUUAUUCUUUUAUUAGCUAACUUAAAUCCUUCUCAUAAACAGAGCCAGUAAUAUAUAGGGCAAUAUAGGUCUAUUUGAAUGUUUAGUUGACAUUUGCUUACUAAAAAAUGGCUUUUG